CGACAUUUUCCGCGAAUUAUUGAUCAAAGUAAAUAAAUAUACGUUUCUGGUAACUCAAAGUAAAGACGAUUGAUUCGACAAAAUAAUUCAAAUCUUUGGUGAUUUUUAAAGUAAACCACGCCUCUUGAAAAAUUUAGUUUUAUUUUUACACUCGGGGGGAAAAAAGGUCAUUCGCGCACUCAAGGGGCGCACUUGAAUGCGGUUGAGUAUUUUGAGAGUGUCAUCCUUUGCCGGCCUUCGACUUCCUCUUCCCGUGACACGAUACAAUGGCGUCCGGAACUCUGUACACGUACCCGGAAAAUUUCAGGGCUUACAAAGCCUUGAUCGCGGCCAAGUAUUCCGGUGCUCAGAUCAAAAUCGACAAGGAUUUCGUCUUCGGAGAGACCAACAAAACCGAUGCUUUCCUCAAGAAAUUCCCUCUGGGCAAGGUCCCAGCUUUUGAGACCUCCGAUGGUAAAUUCCUCACUGAGAGCAACGCCAUUGCGUAUUACGUGGCCAAUGAACAGCUGAGAGGAAAAUCGGACAUCGAAAAAGCACAAGUUGUGCAAUGGCUCAGUUUUGCAGACUCCGAAAUCAUCCCUGCGAGCUGCACUUGGGUUUUCCCACUUUUGGGAAUUAUACCUUACAACAAGCAGACUGUCGAGAACGCGAAGGAAGAUGUGGCCCGCGUGCUGACUUCGCUGAAUACGCAUUUGCUUACGCGAACGUAUUUGGUGGGUGAGCGUUUGACGUUGGCAGACAUCAGCGUCGCAAUGACGCUUUUGCAUUUGUACCAGUACGUUCUGGAGCCGAAGCUUCGUGCUCCAUACCAGAACGUGAACAGAUGGUUCCAGACGAUUGUGUAUCAACCAGAAUCGGUCGCGGUUAUCGGUAACUUCAAAUUAGCUGACAAAACACUAGAAUAUGACCCGAAGAAAGUAGUGGUUCAACAUCAAGGCGGGAAAUCCGCAAAGAAAGAAAAGGACGCGAAGAAGGAGUCGAAGAAGGAGGGAAAGAAGGAAAAAGAAUCAAAGAAAGCCGAGCCAGCCGAAGAGCCUGAUGCGGCAGAAGCUGCACUCGCAGAAGAGCCAAAAUCUUCUAAUCCUUUCGAUUCUAUGCCCAAAGGCACUUUCGAUAUGGAUGAUUUCAAGCGUUAUUAUUCCAACCAGGAUGUUGAUGAAUCCAUACCUUAUUUCUGGGAAAAAUUUGAUCCUGCGCACUAUAGCAUUUGGUUGGGUGAAUACAAAUACAACGACGAAUUGACUAAGACAUUCAUGUCCUGCAAUCUGAUUGGUGGAAUGUUCCAACGUUUGGAUAAAAUGAGAAAGGCAGCGUUUGCGAGUGCUUGUCUUUUCGGUACUGACGACAACAGUAGCAUCAGUGGAAUUUGGGUCUGGCGCGGACAGGAUCUCGCUUUCACCUUGAGUCCCGACUGGCAAAUCGAUUACGAGUCGUACAACUGGACGAAGCUCGAUCCCUCUGACGAAAAAACGAAACAAUUGGUCGAGCAAUACUUCAGUUGGGUCGGCGAAGACAAAGAGGGACGUAAAUUUAAUCAGGGCAAGAUUUUCAAGUAGAAAACAUCCGUCGUACGCUUUAUAAUAAGGAAGAAAAAUGAGGAGAAGGCGAAAGAGAACAACAAAAGAUCCCCCUAUUCACACAAUAAAACAUAAAAAGUGACUCUUCGUCGUACAUAUAUUUCGCACGAAUUCGUACGUAAAAUUAAAACGAAAAGAUGAAUGAUAAACGAAAAACCCUUCCAUAUUGUUAUCCUACUCUCCGAAAACUGCGAUUAUUUUUUAUUUUUACUUUCGAACGUCCAAUUUGUGUAUCUGUUUCAUGUUCUUUUUUUCUACUUGUUAUAAUCAAAGUAUCAUCUUAAACUUGA